AUGUGGCUCCUAUCUUUCCACAGAGACAAUGGCACGCUAGGUAACCGCCUGGAGCUGGGCAGCCAGGUAACUGGACCAGGUUUGGUGGCUGCUGUGGCUCCACGUUUCCAAGCCCAGCAGAGUUUUGGACUUUGGUCUACUAACAGGAGAAGAAGACCCAGAGGUAUCCAUUACCAUGAAUGCUUUAACAAAGAUGUAAUACUCCUUCCAAAUCCCACCUGGGAAGUAAUUUGCAAGCCACCUUUCAAGCAAUACUUGCAUGAAAAUGGUCACAUACUGAGUGCCUUUGAAUUCCACAAGUCUUGGGACUAUCAUACUGUGAUCCAGCAAAUUAGAGGUGGAUUUGGUUCGACAAUUCCUCAAAAUGUCAGCCUUCAGAUUCUCAUGGGCUGUGGAAAUAAACUGAUCUCUCCUAAACUGCAAGAUGGGCAACAACUGAAUGGCCAGUUGAUCCAGAAGGUCUUCCGAUCUAAGGCUCUGUAUGUCAAACCAUCACAAACUGUUCUUGAAGAUCCAGAGCUAAGGAAUGUGACUUCAUAUGAAGUAUCUCCCCGGACAACAAGAGCCAUGACAAGAAAUAAACAACUCAACACACCAGAAAAUGCCCUCCCCUACAAUACUGACGUGGGGAAUUUUGGUGAAGAGUUGCCAGAAAUAGAUCAUUCAACCUUUUGCCCAUCUGACAACAGCCAUUCAAAUAUGCCGCCUUCUGCUACAACUGAAACUCAGUCGGCUACCACUAUCAAUGAGCCUACACCACAUGCAAGCUCCAACUACACCACUUAUUUGUCAGUGAUGUCAAGUGUUUCUGAUCUGUCCUCUGAUGACGAAGAAAUGAAUCAUGCCAUUUUGGCUAUGAUUGAUUUGUGUGGCCCAUGGAGGGAAUUCUUACGUUUACUCAUUGAAGCCUUGUCCAUGUCUCCAAUGUUUGAAGGCCCUGAGGAAUGCAAACAUUUAGCUAAGAACAGUACAGCACUCAGGGAGGACAGGUACUUUAUGGCUGGGUGGGCAAUCGCUGUUAGCCUUGUGCAUGGAGGUCCAGCUCCAAGGUUCCUUUCUCCAGUUCUUUUUGCUGGCUUGGUUGGAGGUCCAAAUGCAGUUUGCCCUACUCUGAAGGAUAUAACAGAUGCGGACCUUCAGGAAAAAUUGAAAACAGUGUCUGAAAGUUCUACCCUGGAGGAGCUACCGAGAGCCAUAGAUCCUCUUUUGGACUACAUGACCAGUGCAGGUUGCGUCAGGCCCUUAAGAGCCAUAAAUGAUCGAGAUCUUCUCCUACAUGAUCUGCUUAUGUUUCAUGUGGCUCACAGGGUUCAAGGCCCCUUUCAAAGACAAAUGUUCCCUUUGGCCAACACAUGUAUAAACUGCUUAAAACUCCCACUUGUGACUUCUUAUGAAGUGUUUAAGGAAAACAUGGACUUUGCCAUUGCGAACACCCAAGGAUUUGGGAAAACAUAA